AUGGAGUGCAUCAGCUUACCGUCAAGCAUCCGACAAUGGCCUGAAAAUAUAUUCUUCGCAGGUGCCAUCCCGGGACCCAAACAACCAAGUCUUGAUGGGCUCAAUCCAUUCAUUGCUCCCAUGGUUGAUAUACUUGACCACAGUUACCAACAAGGGACCUGGUUUUCUAGAACAUAUGAGCAUCCAGAAGGUUGA